AUGAAUCCCUCCUCCCUUCUUUCCGAAUCUUUUGGCAUGGACUGCCCCGUCACGACCGAAGGAGACUAUAUGAACUCUCAUGUGACAGGCUUUCCGACCGACGACGACGACAACCAGCGAGUCGGAGGACUCUCCUCGAUGCCUGUCACCAACGGCGUGCGGUACCACGCACAGCAGCCUGCGAUGCAGGACUUACAUUAUCCUGGAUCCACUGCGCUCGCCAUGACUCCUCCAGAUUCUUGUUCGGAUUCGUUCUCCCCCACGUCUGGUCCUCUUUUCCCACAUCUGUCUCAGCAUCAACAUCCAUUUGAUAGGAUGGCCGAGUUUCGACGUGUCCCACCCCUUCAACCGCCUGCUGGAAUGUCAAUCGCCAUGCAAACGCCGACACAUGCUGUGAGCUCGAUCCCGGGCUUGAUGGGAAGAACGAAUGCCUAUUCAUCGGCAUACUCACUCCACCGGGGCUUAGGGCUACCUUUGGCGGGGGUGAAUGAGGUUUCACGCGCGCACCAAUACUCGAGCACUCCUCGAGCUUUGGACGGUGUCCUGGACCGGAGCCAUGCUGUCUUUCAACCGCCGAUGGUCGAGUCCACGCAGCGGUCUCCAAACCAGACGGAAGCAACCCCUUUCAGAGAGACAACGAUCCUGGAAACGGUGGUGGCGGAAUUCGGAGGCACGCAGCAGAUCGUGAAGCCUGAAGUCGAGGCCAAGAUCGGGAAAGGCCCUUUCUAUGCGGAUGGGAAAUGGACCUGCUAUCGACGGAAUUACUUCUCCGUAAAUUGCAGCUUCAGCCUUCAUCCAUGGCCCUCGACGGUGCCUCUCUUCAUCCGCCAUUCCGACCAGACAUUGGAGCCGAUCCGGGGAUUCAGGAUGUGUCUUUCUGCCAUCGUGAACGAAUCAUAUAACGAGACACGACCUCUGGUGCAGCACACGCCCAAGCGAGACAAGCAAUCCGAGCGUACCCCCGGCCCAGUGACUCUGCAACCAAAGCCACCACAAUCACUCUCUACCAGCUCCGCCGGGGCCGGUGGCCACCCAGGCUUCUCCCUCAACUCGCAGUCCCUAGACUACAACUCUACCUUCUCCGGAGCACCGCAGCCACAGCCUCCCACCUCGCACCUGUUCGAGCGGAUCCAAUUCCAGAAAGCGACAGCCAACAAUGGAAAACGCCGCGCCCAGCAACAAUACUAUAACCUGGUAGUAGAGCUGUACGCAGAGGUCCAGCGUGGCGACGUCGCCGACUGGAUCCCGAUUGCUCGACGACAUUCGGAGCCGAUGGUCGUACGUGGCCGGUCACCAGGGCACUACAAGGACGGGGGGCGGCGGGACAGCACGGCCAGCAUGGGCGACGGCAAGGGGGAUGGUCCUGGAGGCGGCCCGCCCCAUGGGAUGGGCCACGCCCCUCGCUCACACAUGCUCUUCUAUGAAAACAGCCAUCGCAGCAGCCUGCCGUAUGGGAGGAACGACUACCGCCAGAUUCCCAAGACCGAGCACUCGCCCUUGAGUGAUAGUCCGCUGGUCUCGUCCUCGUCCUCCUCCGGCUUCGACUACUCCAUGAUUAACGACACCAUGGAUCCGAUGGACACGCUCAAGACCGAGCCCUCGCUGGACCCGUACCAGGAUUCGGUCUUUUCUGAUCUUUCGCAUCACCACCGCCACAGUACGGGCGGAUACGACGCAGGCUACUCGACUUACAGCCGUUACGAACCCAUCCAGAACCCGCACAGUCUGUGCACCUAG